UCUGUCUUUAAAUAAAGUUGGUUAAAUAGGAACCGAUCGCCAUUAAUUCUUCACUGAACUCCAGCUAGCUUCAUUACACCACACUAGCAACCAUGGAACCAGCCUGUCAAGUCGCCAUUGUCCCAACUCCAGGUUUAGGCCACCUGAUACCCCUGCUGGAGCUGGCCAAACGACUCGUCGUCCACCACAACUUCACCGUCACCUUCCUCAUCCCCAACGACGGUACGAACCUGACACCGCAAAAGAAAGUCCUGGAAGUCCUGGAGAGCAUAUCCUCCACCUUCCUCCCUCCAGUCAACUUCGACGACCUCCCACCAGAAUCGAAGGUGGAAACCAAGAUCGCUCUCACCUUGGCUCGGUCACUCUCCGCUGUCCGCGCCUCAGUUAAGGCCCUAGCGGAAUCGGCUCGGCUGGUGGCGCUUGUUGUUGAUCUCUUUGGUCCUGAGGCCUUUGAUGUGGCCAUUGAGUUUAAUGUUGUAGGAAUAUACUCGGCAAAAGUGCACUUCAUAUACGCAAGAAUUUUUGGUUUGAGUCUUGCAUGUUUGUUUGAGAUGAAAACAUGUGGAAUGUUGUUGAGAAUGGAUGGGUCAUCUGCAAGAAUUCUUAAACCUAGGAAGCAGUGGACAGAUGAGGAAGUUCGUGACAGAAAUUGUGAUUUUAAGGCUAGAAAUUCCUUAUACACAGCUUUAUCCAAGAAGGAGAGGGUGAGAAUAAGCCAUUGUGACAUGGCUAAACAAGCAUGGGAUCUUCUUCAGGUCACUUAUGAAGGAAAUAAAAAGGUUAGAGGUCAGAAGCUUCAGAGACUUGUCUUGGAAUUUGAGAACAUGCAAAUGGGGGAGGAUGAAUCAAUAGAUGACUUUCAUGCUCGUCUUAUGUACGUGACAAAAGAUGAUACCCUUGAUGAAGAAACAAAUGUCAAGUGUAAGCAGUUAUAUCAUGCUUCGAAAAUUGUUCUUCGAAAAAAUUAUACACUUGAAAAAGAAAUUGAUUCUUUAAGAGAAGAAAAAGAGAAAAUUGAGCUACAAUUUGAAACUUCUGUAAAAGAAUGGAAUGUUGAGCGUACUAACCUUGUUGAUAAGAUAAAAGUUUUGCAGGAUGAGGUUAAGUCUGAAGUUGGGGACAAGGAACAUGUUUCAAAUGUGCUGCCCUACCUUUUCUUCCCUACUUCGGCAAUGGAUUUGUGGUUUGUGUUUGAGUUGCCAAAGCUUGACGAGACUACUACUUGUGAGUACAGGGAUUUGCCUGAACCGGUCCAGUAUUCGGGUUGUGUGCCGCUGCAUGGCAGAGACUUAGCAGACCCGGUUCAAGAUAGGAGCAAUGAUGCUUAUAAGGCGCUGCUCCGCAUCAGCAAGAGGUAUAAGUCGGCUGCUGGGAUCAUGGUGAACAGCUUUGCGGAUUUGGAACCGGGUGCUUUCAAGGCUUUCAAGGAGCAAGGACCAGGUCUUGGUCUUCCACCGGUUUACCCGGUAGGACCAGUGACAAGGACCGGUUCGGCGGAUGAAUUGGGGGGUGAGAAUAAGUGCUUGAGCUGGUUGGAUCGUCAGCUAAAAGGGUCAGUGUUGUUUGUUUCGUUUGGAAGUGGUGGAACCCUUACCACUGAGCAAAUGAAUGAGUUGGCUUUAGGGCAUGAAAUGAGUAGGGUCAAAUUUCUUUGGGUUUCUAGGAGUCCAAAUGAGAAACAAAAUGCCACAUUUUUUGGUGCUCGAGGUUCUAACGAUCCUUUAAGUUUUCUACCCGAAGGGUUUUUAGAGAGAACCAAAGAUGUUGGUCUAGUGGUAACUUGUUGGGCUCCUCAGGUUCAAAUUUUGAGUCACAGGUUGACGGGCGGUUUUUUGACCCAUUGCGGGUGGAACUCAACCCUAGAGAGCAUUGUACAUGGUGUGCCUUUAAUUGCUUGGCCGCUCUAUGCUGAGCAAAAGAUGAACGCUGUUUUGCUUGCUGAAGAUCUAAAGGUAGCAUGGAGGGUUAAGGUGAAUGAAAAGGGCAUAGUGCAGUGUCAGGAGAUUUCCAAGUAUGCAGAGGGACUAAUUGAAGGAGAUGAAGGGAGAGUGCUCAAAAAGAAGAUGAUGGAAUUGAAAGAGCCAUCGAUAAUUUUCUAUUUUACAUCAUUAUUUUCUCCAUAUUUACCAUUUGCACACAUAAGUAGUUUGUACCAAUAUAUAGCUGUAUAG